AUGAAAGUUCAAAAAGUGAAAUUGCAAUUGAACACUCCUGGACCUCUCCAAGGAACGUUAUCAUCCACUCAGCCUCAGGUGUCAUGGCAGGUAGUUGGAGACGAAACUAAUUGGUUCCAGAGAGAGUAUCAAAUCAAGCUUCGCUAUGAAGACGACACUGAAUGGAAAGAGUUACCUUCAGUUAAAUCGGAGAAUUCACAAUUUGUGGCUUGGCCAGGUCGCUCGUUGAAAUCCAGAGAGUCGUUCGAGAUCUGCGUUAGAGUUCUGGGAGGUGGAAAGUUUUCUGAUUGGAGUGCUCCAGUAGAAGGACAGGUGGGGUUCUUGUCCUCGAUGGAAGAGUGGCCAGCAAAAUUUGUGGCCGCAGCCAAUCAGCCUCGAUGUGAUGCUUCGACUGCACCAGAGACUCUAUUCCGCAAGCAAUUUUCCAUCUCGAAGGAAGUUAAGCAUGCAAGGUUGUGGAGUACUGCGUUGGGUAUCUACAACUUGGAAAUCAAUGGAAGUUCUGCUGGAAAGGACUAUUUGAGUCCAGGGUGGACGACUUAUGAAAAGAGAUUGUUGCACCAAAUGUAUGAUGUGACACACUUAGUGAAGGUAGGUGAGAACGCAAUCGGAGUAAGGGUCGGGCCAGGUUGGUACUCUGGCUUAGUUGGCUUUGACGGUGGUUUAACAAACAUCUAUGGUGAAAAGCGUGCCAUCAGCUUGUUUUUGGAGAUCAAAUUUGAAGAUGAAUCAACUCUUCAAGUUUCCACCGAUGACACAUGGGCUUCGUCUGCUGGACCCAUUAUUGCAGUCGGACUUUACGAAGGAGAAACUUAUGAUGCAAACGAAGAAAUUGAGGGCUGGUCACUGCCGGGAGCGAAGCAAUUCGAAGAUUGGCCAGGAGUGGAUGUUAUUCCAUUUGACACCAGCAAAAUCGUCCCUCAAGAAUUUGCUCACGUUACUAAGAGGAGACUGAUUAAGGCUGAGGUACUUCCCAUCACUCCUUGUGGAAAGAAAAUUCUUGAUUUUGGUGAAAACAUUGUCGGAUUUCUUUCUUUUAAGAAUGUGACUGCGCCCAAAGGAUACAAAGCAAUUUUUAUGUUUGCAGAAGUUAUGGAAAAUGGAGAAUUGGGAACUCGUCCUUUGAGGGCUGCAAAGGCAACUGAUACAUACGUUUUCAAGGGUGAUGAAAGUGGUGAGCUGUAUGAGCCCCACUUCACAUUCCAUGGAUUUAGAUACUGCCAGAUUGAUGAUCCAGAGAAUUUGAUUAGUCUUGAAAACCUAGAGGCAAUUGUGAUUUCAACUGCAAUGAACCGGAUUGGAGAAUUCGAAUGUGAUAAUGAUCUUUUGAACCAGUUGCAUUCCAACAUUAUUCGAAGCACCGUGGGUAAUUUUAUCACACUCCCAACAGACUGCCCUCAAAGGGAUGAACGAAUGGGAUGGACGGGAGAUAUCGCCAUCUUUGGUAAGACAGCGUCGUUCCUUUUCGAUUGCUCUCCAAUGUUAAAUAACUGGUUGAAAGACUUAUGGAGUGAACAACAACUUAACUCAGGGAGCAAGUAUCCGUAUUCCCCACCGGUAACAGUACCUAACAUGAUCAAAUACGCGAAGCAUUUCUGGGAUAAUCAAAUCAGUGCUAUUUGGCAAGAUUGUGCUGUUUAUUUGCCCAAAGCACUCUUCGAUUCUACUGGUUCAACCUUUAUUUUGAAACAACAGUACGAGAGUAUGGAAAAAUGGAUAAAUUGUAUACCCAAGGUGCCCGGAGAAGUGCGUUGGAACAAAGAAAAGGUUCAGAUCCAACUCGGUGACUGGUUGGAUCCUCUGGCUCCUCCAGAUGAUCCUUUGAAGGCUAUGACCGAUUCCUAUCUAGUGGCGGACUCGUUCUUGUGCCUGGUUCUUAGCUUCAUGGUCGAAAUCAGCUCAAUUGUUUCACCCCAAGACACUGAGAAAUACAUUGAAAUGGCCAGGAUGAGUAAAAGGAGCUUUCAAAAAAAUUACAUCUUACCCACUGGACAAAUGACUAGUGACACUCAAACGGCAUAUGCACUUGCUAUAAGUUUUGACCUCUUUGAAUUUCCAGAGCAAGUCCAAUAUGCUGGAAAUCGGUUGAGUCAAAUCGUAAGGUCUAAUGACUUCAAAAUCAGCACAGGUUUCGCAGGAACCCCAUUUGUUGCUCUGGCAUUGGCUGUUACCGGACAUUUGGAAGAUGCAUAUGGUAUGCUUUUACAAACGGAAUGCCCAUCGUGGCUCUAUCCAAUCACAAUGGGAGCAACGACUAUUUGGGAAAGAUGGAAUAGUAUGAUGCCCGAUGGCUCUAUCAACCCAGGAGACAUGACCUCCUUUAACCAUUACGCUUUAGGGUCUGUGGCUAACACUUUGCACGAGAUUGUCGGAGGUUUAUCCGUAGGUGAAGCAGGGUACAAGAAGUUUAAAAUUCAUCCACAACCAGGCGGUGGAAUCAAAUUUUGUCAAGUGGCCCAUGAGAGUCCCUACGGCAAAAUCUCCUCCACAUGGAACAUUGCUGAGUCAGUGUUCCGCUUGAAGGUUGCUAUUCCCUUGAAUACAUCUGCUGAAGUGACUUUGCCAAACGGCACAGUGAUAAAGGUAGAGUCUGGAUCAUAUGAAUUUGAUUGUCCUAUUUAG